CAGCCGUCCGGACGGCAGUUUGCAUUGAUUCGGGUCGCCGCGCGGCCGGCGCGACGCACAAAGGCAGAUGUGUGACUUUGCUUGGUAGUCUCACCAACCGCUGACCGAUUGGUUACCGCGCAAGGUCCGUCACAUAAACUGGCAUACAAGAUGCAGAAGACGGCGUUUCCCGCUUCACCCCAGCUCUUCCUCUCGCUGUUGCUUUUGCUGAUCCUGCCGUCGCCGCUGCUCGGCCAAUCUCCCGAGUUCCAGUGUCAGGAGAUCAGCAUCGCCAUGUGCCGCAACAUCGGCUACAACGUCACGCUGAUGCCGAACCAGUUCCACCACGACACACAGGAGGAGGCCGGGCUGGAAGUACACCAGUACUGGCCGCUGGUCGGCGUCGGCUGCUCGCGCGACCUGCAGUUCUUCCUGUGCGCCACCUACGUGCCGAUCUGCCUGCCGGGCCUGGGACGGACGCUGCCCGUGUGUCGCGAGCUCUGCCUCCGCGCCCGCGCCGGCUGUGAGCCUCUGAUGCGGGGUGUGCGGAUGAGCUGGCCGGAUCGUCUCCACUGCGAUCGUCUGCCACGGUACGGGGACACGGACCGACUCUGUAUGGAUAACCGCAACGGCGAGCUUCCCGGACCGCCGGAGCAGGAGCGAUGUGCCUGCCGCUGCCGGCCGCCGCGCGUCGUGUCAAUCUCCCCCAAUCACCGGCUCUACAACCGCUCAGUAGCGGUUGGAGGUGUGCCCCACUGCGCCCUCCCCUGCCAACCGGCGCUGUUCACUGACGAACAACAUCAACUGACCGAGCGCUGGCUGCAAGUCUGGGCUAGUCUGUGUGCGCUCAGCUCACUACUGACAGUGGGGACGUUUCUGCUGGAGCGUGGUCGAUUCCCAUACCCGCAGAGACCAGUGGUUUUCAUGGCUGGGUGUUAUCUUCUGGUGGCUGUGGGAUAUCUCGUGCGAGCCUUCGCCGGAAGGGAGAUGACCGCCUGUCAGGAAGGUCUGCUUCGUCAGGAUGCCGGUGGCGAACUCGGCUCGUCAGUACUCUGCACGGCCGUAUUCGUGUUGAUCUACUUCUUCGGCAUGGCCAGCGCCGCGUGGUGGGUGGUUCUGGCUCUCACAUGGUUCCUGGCCGCCGGACUCAAGUGGGGGAAUGAGGUGAUUGCCGGAUACUCUCCAUAUUUUCACCUUGCCGGCUGGGUGCCGCCGGCGGCGCUGGCGAUCGCCGCUCUGGCCUCGGACGCUGUGGACGGGGACCCUCUGACAGGAGUGUGUUAUGUGGGAGGUCACAGCCUGGCGCAUCAGCGCUGGUUCGUGCUGGCGCCGCUGGCCGCUGGUCUUCUGCUGGGUAUGUCGUUCCUGCUGGCCGGCUUCGUGGCGCUGUGCCGGGUGAGGGGUGUUCUUAAACAGCAUCGCGGCGCACAGGAUCGGCUGGAGCGGCUGAUGAUGCGUAUUGGAGUGUUCUCAGUGUUGUACACAGUACCCGCAGCGCUCGUGAUCGCUUCCCUCGUCUACGAGCAGUACCGACGCUCCGACUGGGAGAGUGCGCUCGUCUGUCCCUGUCGGAAGGCGCCCGUCGUCCCCACCGCCGUCCCCGUCCCCGGUACCGCCCUCACUGCCGCCGCGGCUGCUGCUGCCAUCGCCGCCGCCGCUGAAAAAUCCAGUCCUGGUGCUGAUGAGAGCACGGGGUAUGAGGACAUACCCAGCUACGAACUGCUCCUACUGCGGUUCAUCAUGUCACUCGCAGUCGGAGUCACGUCAGUCGGCUGGGUCUGCUCCAGGAAAACCCUCCGUUCUUGGCAGGCGCUGCUGCGCUGUCAGAGACCAUCCGGGGGACAAGACGGCGGGGCCGACCGCGCACCGCCACCCCUACCGCCGCCGCCGGGCUCAUUCGGCCGCUCGGAGCCUAGUAAGGCAGGAGGGGAGCCGACGCAGCAUCAGCUGGGGGCCGGAGCCAGCCUGGCCAGGUCAGAGACUACUUUUCAGACACUGAGUGAACCCACCGCGGCCGCCAGUCAGGUGACGGCGCCACUCAGUCACGUCUGAGUCGGACAGAGGCAGAGCGAGACGCGUGAUGUGAGUCAGUCAGACGUGAGUCGUGUUUUUCGUGAGA